AUGGAAGUGAAAGAAGAAAGUGAAGAACUAACUGAGGUGCAUCAGUAUCAUGAUCAAAAAACAACUUGCAGAACAGGAACCGGCUCUUUCAUCUGUCUUCAGUGUGGGAAGAGUUUCACCAAGAAAGCUCACCUGAAGGAUCACAUACGCAUCCACACCGGAGAGAGACCUUUCAGGUGCAUUCAGUGCGGGAAGGAUUUCAUACAGAAAACAAACCUGAAGGAGCACUUGAGAAUCCACACUGGAGAGAAACCCUUCACGUGCCAGCAGUGUGGAAAGAGCUUUACGCAAACAGGCCAGCUGAGAAACCACAUCAAAACUCACUCUGGCCAACCUCCUUUCAUCUGCUUACAGUGCGGGAACAGUUUUGUGCACAAAGGCACCCUUAAGGCUCACAUACGGAUCCACACUGGAGAACGAUUGUUCAUGUGCCCUCACUGUGGGAAGAGUUUCACACGGAAAGACAUCUUGAAGAAUCACCUGCGCAUUCAUUCUGGAGAAAAGCCUUUCUUCUGCCUUCAGUGCGGGAAGAGUUUCACCAAAGCAGAGUAUCUCCGGAUCCAUCAGCAGCACUCUCAUUCCCAAGAACGACCGUUCGACUGCCGUCAGUGUGGGAAUUAUUAG